CAUGGUGGUACGGGAAAAAGAAGGAUGAAGUUAGUAUUGGCUACGCCGAAGCUCAAAGUGGUGGGCACAGUGGUGUCACUCAGAGGAUGGGAGGUCGAUCAUGGACUCGCGAGUAAAGUCCGCAAGUGGCCAGAAUGCGAGAACGUCUCAGAGGUUCGCGGAUUCCUUGGGACCGCGGGG